AUGGGAGACGCGACUGAAGCGUUGGAGCAAGAGCUGGCGGCUUUGAAGGAGCAGCUGCUCGAAUGGAAGGGUCGCUACGAAACGAUUCACGAGGAGCGCCUCGCCCUCGAGCGCAAACUCAACGACGAGGUGUCGCCUACGCCUGCCGCGCCUGGAGCCGGCAAGGCCGAAGAAGAGGAGGAGAACGCCAAGACCGCCGAGAGCGCGCAGCCGGACAGACCCCGCGGCAGGGUUGCGCCUCCAGCCAUAGUCGGAAGAGAGCGUGUGUCGUCAGUGUCGGAGGAGGUCUUCGCGACUCCCGUGCCACUCACCGAAGCGCCCGCGCGUCCUCCUCCUCGAGUGGCGCCGCCACGCCCAGGCACGCGCGUGCCAGUGCUGGAUCGAUCGAAGAAGGAGCUCAAGGAGUGGGACCCGGUGGAGAUUCUUGGAAAGAAAUGGCUCAAGAAGUUGUACCUCUUCCAAAACCACCUCGCCACCAUCCCGGCCGAAAUCGCUGAGUUCACCGAGCUGCAGGCGCUGGACCUCAAGUACAACCGCAUCAAGGAGUGGCCCACCGCCCUCUGCUCGGUGACCACCCUUGCCGAGCUGCUUCUCGCUGGCAACCGCGUUCGAAGCUUCCCUCCCGCCGACGACAUGGCCAAGCUUGCCGCGUUGAAGAAGCUCGACCUGUCGCAAAACGGGCUCCGCGAGUUCCCCGAGGCCCUGUGCUCCCUCCCCGCCCUGGCCGACCUGGCUCUCGACCGCAACUACCUCGAGGGCCUCUCCCCCGCCAUUGGUCACCUCUCCUCCCUCACCCGCCUCAGCAUCAAGGCGAACAGCCUCAAGUCGCUGCCCGAGGAGCUGUGCGAUCUCGAGUACCUACAGGAGCUGUGCAUCGCUGACAACCAAGUCACAUCGCUUCCCGAGGGACUGGGCAAGCUUGUGAAUCUGCAAAAGCUGGACAUUUCGGAGAACGCCAUCACGGCGCUGCCCGCCGACGUGUCGGGUCUCACCGCCCUGCAGAAGCUGAACGCCAAGCGCAAUAAGAUUGAGUGCAUUCCCGAAAGCGCCACCGUCACCGAGACCGGCGGCUUCUAUUCUCUCACCGAGCUCAACCUCGCCCACAACCAGUUGGAGUCUUGGUCGUCUGCGCUGUGGACGAGCGAGGCGCUGCAGGUGGUCAAUCUGACCGCCAACCGCCUGCCUGAGGUGCCUGCAGAGAUCAGCUACCUCUACAACCUCACCCACCUGCACCUCAAUGCCAACCGCAUCACCGUUGUCGCCAACGAACUGGGCCAGCUGGCUGCCCUCGAUACGCUCGAACUCAGCUUCAACGAUUUGGAGGCCGUGCCCGCCGACCUAGGCUAUCUUGCCGCCCUGCGCGUGCUCUCCCUGGGCUACAACCGCCUAUCGGGUGAGGCCCUGCCCGACCUAUCAGCUCUCUCCGCGCUCGAGCAGCUCUUCCUCGCCGGCAAUCCUCUCCAGCACGUGCCCGGAUGGGUCGGGUCGCUACCAGCCCUGUCCCAGCUUCACCUCCACCUGGUGCGCCCCUCUUCCCUCCUUUUCACGGGCGAGAACGCGCCAGGCCACGGCCUCUAUUUGGCGGAACUCGAGGAGCUGCCUGAGGAGCUGUGCGGCCUCCCUUCACUACAGUACCUCGACGUCUCCGGCAAUAAGUUGAAGGCGCUUCCGGCCAAGCUGCCCGAGCUGUCGGGCCUGCAGCGCCUGAUCGCGUGCCACAACGCGCUUGAGACCGAGGGGGUGCCCGACGGCGUCGACGACCUGCGCGAGCUCGAGGAAAUCGAUCUCUCCUACAACCAGCUCAAGACCGUGCCCGAAUCGGUUCACUACCUCAAGGACAGGGCGCACAUCCUGCUGCAGGGCAACCCUCUCGAUGAGGAGACCCUCCGAUCCUACCACACCCACACCUGGACGCCCUCCAAGCGCUUCAAGGUGUCGUCGGCGGAGAUCAUCGGGCGGCGACCGACGAUGGAAGAUGCGCUGUCGCUUCAGGGCCACUUCCAGGGCCGCGAGGACGUCGACUUCUUCGGCCUGUUCGACGGUCACGCCGGUCGCGGGGUGGCCGAGUACUGCGCCGACCACGUUCACACCGUUGUGCUCGACAAGCUCAAGGGCGGCUCCGACACCCAGGCCGCGCUCAAGGACUGCUGGGUCAACGUCAACUCUGGCUUGAAGGCCCAACUCGAUGGCGGAGAUACGUCGCUACGGCAUGCGGGCGCGACCGCGGUGGCUGCGGUGGUCGAGGGACAGCGCCUGAUCGUCAGCAACGUGGGCGACAGCCGCGCCGUCGUCGGCCGCGCCGGCAAGGGCAUUCGCAUUUCCAAGGACCACAAGCCCAACCUGCACGAGGAGGAGGAGCGGAUCUUCAACCUGGGCGGUUACGUGGUGGGCGAGACGGCCCGCGUCAACGGUCAGCUCGCCGUCUCGCGUGCCAUCGGCGACUUUUACCUCCACCCCUACGUCAGCUUUGAGCCGCACGUGGCGUCGCUCGACCUCACGCCGGAGGACUCAGUGCUGAUCAUCGCCUGUGACGGCGUGUGGGACGAGGUGGACGACGACACGGCCAUCGAGCUGGCCGCCCAGGUCGCCUCGGCCGAUCCGUUCGUCAUCUCGUGCCGCAUCAGGGACUACGCUUACCUCCUCGGCUCCGACGACAACAUCUCCGUCAUCACCAUCCUCCUCAAGUGA